AUGCAGUGCAGCUGCAGCUCCUCGCCAGCUCACCUUUCAUCGCCCCACUGGAGCAGAACAGUGCUCUUCCCGGACUGGGCCUACAGACCGGCGUGGUCGCCCGGCUCCCGGCAGGUGCAGCUGUGGCACUUCCUGCUGGAGCUGCUGGGGCGGGGCGAGGGCGGGGCCAUCGGCUGGGGGGCGGAGUGGGGAGAGUUCGUCAUCCGGGACCCCGAGAGGCUGGCGAGGCUGUGGGGGGACAGGAAGGGGAAACCCCACAUGAACUACGACAAGCUGAGCCGGGCGCUGAGAUAUUACUACAACAAACGGAUCCUGAACAAGACCAAAGGGAAGAGAUUCACCUACAAGUUCAACUUCAGCAAAGUGAUCCUGGUCAACUAUGCAGGAUACUCUCUGGUGCAGGGAGGCCCGCUCCCCUUUCUGUGCGGAGGAGCCGGCUCGGGGGUCCACAGAGGUGAGAACGCAGCCGCCACGCACAGGGGUCACGGGGGUCACAGGGGUCACGGGGGUCACGGGGGUCACAGGGGUCCACGGGGGUCACAGGGGUCCACGGGGGUCACGGGGGUCACAGGGGUCCACGGGGGUCACAGGGCGGUGCAUCACCCCUUCCUGCUCCCGUGCUGCCUGCCGAAGCCGACGCCCCCCCGGGCUCUCCACGGCCUCUCGCCCUUCAUCUUGGCCGACCCGGGGGACCCGGUGCUCCAGACCGGCUGGCCGCACAAGGGCCCAGCGGCGUGGGACCUGGACCACGUCCGUCGAAGCCUCCUGUUUGGGGGAGUGAAACAGACUGAGGAGAGGGGGAGGCUCAUUGUAGAUUAA